AAUAAAGCUUCUGCUAUGCAGCUAUCAUUUUCCUCCCUCAAAAGAUCAAAGCUUUAAACUGUAAAAAUAAAAGAGUUCUGCUUUGUAUUUGUUUUGGUUCAAUAAGGGAUGUCUCUGUAAGUUGAUUUCCUCGAAAGGAGGGGGAGCUGGAUCUAUAGGAGGAAACUUUUGCAGACUAUGCGUUCGUCGUUGGUGGCAUUGUGCUUAUUGCUCCUCGUCGUGGAUUUCAGCUCGACCACAGUAGCGGCAACAGCAGAAGUGCAAGAUGGUCCAGUUGAGAUGGUGGAAGCUGCCGUCGGCCAUGGAUUGACGCUGCAGUGUCACCUGCCCGACGUGGCCAAUGUGUCCAGUGCUGUGACAGUGCGCUGGGAGAGAUGGGCAACGUACCAUGGCGCCGGUCCCGACGCCAAUGAGUCGAAGCCCCGGACUGGCGAGAGCCUCGUCGUAGCACGGCGUCGCCGCCGCCGCCGCCACCACCACCACCACCGCCGUCGCUCCCGCCGCCUGAUCCAUCAGGGCUCCGCAUUGCGCUUCGCAUCCAUUUCAGAAGCAGACGAGGGACUGUACAGGUGUGUCGGAUCCAGCAGCAGCAGCAGCUUCAUCGAUAGCGCGUCUGUUGACGAAGGUGGAAGAGGAGAGUUGGACGACCCUGGAUCCUUGAUACUCGAUCAGCCCGACGACGCUGAUAACGUUACCAUCGUUUCAGCCAUUAACGACACCGAGCAACAAAGCGGAGUAGUAACGAGUCCAUCAACUGAUGGUUAUGGUGGUGAUGGUGGUGAUGAUCCCCGUGUUAUAACAACUUCCACCCUCUCGUCCACGCCCGUCUACGGAUCUUUCAUCUACUUGCGCGUUCAAGUUGCCGCCGUCCUGACUGACUACCCGGAAUCGCCCGUUUUGAUUCACCCGCUGAGGCAACAGCGACGCAAGCAGAGACUCAAGUGUUUGGCGUUCGGCCAUCCGACGCCCGUCAUCCAUUGGCGAAUCAACAACAACGAGAGUCUCCACCAGCAGGUGCGCUUGGUCGAGGAGGCGGACGACGAGCCAAUAAGACGGCCUCAACGAGGUUACAUCCGCUCCGUAGUUGCAAUUGACUGGGAGAGCAGUCGACAGGGCGACCAAGAAAACGACCAGGACCAGGACCGGAACGACAACGACGACGACGACGACGACAACUGGCAACAGACGGUGAACGUGACUUGCUCGGCUAGCAACACCAUCGCCCGUCAAACGCACACCGACACGCGAAUGUUCAACUUGGAGCGAGUCCGUCCAGGCGACGUCAGAGGUGAACAGGAGGAUGAAGCCAACGACAGUCAGGCCGGCGCCGGCUAUUGCGGACGCUACACGGGCAACAUUUGCCGGGGACAGCUGAGCAAUCCGGCCUCCGUGUGGUACAACAUCAGCAGCAACGACCAGACGGGCGGCUGGCUCAACGAGCAGCUCGUCCACGGACUCUGGGACGAAGUUGUCAAUACUCUGCGGGAGCCUUGUAAAUCAGCGGCCAAGUUGUGUGGUCACCGUGAAUCAUUGAUUAUAUCCUGCCGAUCCGAUCCAUCCCGACAGAAAUUGCUGUGCUUGUACGCUUUCCCCGAGUGUCACCUGGACGAGGAUGGAUUCGCCAGAAAGUUGCCGCUCUGCUACGAGGAUUGUAUGGCGACGAGGCAGCUCUUUUGCGUCGACGACUGGGCCCAGCUGGAAAGCAACAAACAGCGCGGCUUCUACUUGGGAUCGCGUGGGCAUUUCCGGCUGCCCAAAUGCGAGAAGCUGCCCAGGAUGGGCUCAAGGAGCUUUUUCAUGUCCAGCAGCCACAGCGGCAGCAAGUACGGCCAGGAUCCGCCGAGUUGCUCGCGAGCCCAUUUGACUCAGCUCGUUCCAGCCGAAGUGACCACUUCGUGCAUCAAAGGACGCGGCCGCUUCUACCAAGGAAACGUGAGCGUGACUCGAGAUGGGAUUGCAUGCCAGCGCUGGGAUGCCCAGGAGCCGCACUCGCACAACCGUCCGCCACUCAACAUUUUCCCUGAAAUGCAGGGCGCCGAGAAUUUCUGCCGGAACGCCGGCGGAGAAGAGCCCCGUCCUUGGUGUUACACCACCGAUCCUUUGGUCCGGUGGCAGCCCUGUGACAUCCCGCAAUGCGGUCAUUCAGAGGUUGAAGUGACUCUCCUUCCGAUGGAAGCCACUUUUACGCCGGGAUUCGUUCUCCUUUUGGCCGGCGUCGGUUUCCUUUCGUUACUCAUCUUCCUCCUGUUUCUACUGCUCUGCCAGAGGGCCUUCAAGCACAAACAAGGCUACCAGCUCUCCUCAUUACAAAAAGAAUCGAUCGACCUGCAAAAGCUGCGAGACAACUCGACGUACCAGUGUGUCGGAGCCCGGAUCGAUCCAUCGCUAGAGAAACUGGAAUAUCCCCGCAACGACAUUAUCUACAUCAGAGACAUUGGCCAGGGAGCAUUCGGCCGGGUGUUUCAAGCCAAAGCUCCGAAUCUGGUCAAAGGUGAGGCCUGCACCAUUGUGGCCGUCAAGACGCUGAAGGAGGAGGCCGACGAUGAAAUGUGCGCCAAUUUCGAGAAGGAGGCCUGCCUAUUGGCCGAGCUGGAUCAUCCCAACAUAAUCGGCUUGCUGGGCGUCUGCGCCGUCGGCAAGCCCAUGUGUCUCCUGCUGGAAUUUAUGGAGCUGGGCGACCUGAGACAAUACUUGCGCUCCUGCUGCCCGUCCAAUUACAUCGCCAUGCCCGAGUCGUUGGCCGGCGGAUCGUCCGGCGACAUCAAAGACGUCAAACUCUCGGCCGCCGAUUUGACGAGCAUGGGCCGCCAAAUCGCCGACGGAAUGGUAUACCUCUCGCAGAGGGGCUUCGUCCACCGUGACCUGGCCACCCGCAACUGCCUGGUCAGCUCCAACGGGCCGCCCAGCAGCGGCGGAGGCGUCACCGUCAAGAUCGCCGACUUUGGCCUGUCGCAGCGCGUCCACUGGCAGCAGUACUACUACACGGGGACGGACAACGAUGCCAUACCCAUCCGCUGGAUGCCGCUGGAGAGCAUCAUCUUCAACCGCUACACCACGUCGUCGGAUGUCUGGGCCUUUGGCGUCUGCCUCUGGGAGAUCUUCUCCUACGCCCAGCAGCCCUACCACGGAAUGUCUCACGAGGAAGUCGUCCGCUACUUGCAGACCGGCGGAAUGCUCCAGCCGCCGGCCCACGCGUCCUGUGCCAUUUACGCCGUCAUGCGCUCCUGCUGGCACAGCUCAGCCGGAGAGCGGCCCAGCUUCGUUGACCUGCACGACGAGCUUGUGGCUAUUGAAGAAGCACUUUGUUGCCAACCUCGUCCCGAUACUGAUCCACCUCCCGUUCACCUUUGAAUUUUUUUUGUUUUCUAGAAAUGAAGAAAGAAAAUUAAAACGACAUCUUUAAAAACCCUACCAGUCCUUUUUUCAACAACAAAAAAAAAUGCCCAUUAUAUUUAAAUUACUUUGAAAUCUUUUUUUCAAUCGAGCACUCGUGUAACACUGCACAACCUCAAUCAUAUCAUAUUUCUAUUGUCUCUUUUUUUUGAGGGGGGUGGGGAGAGGGGGGUUGGGGUUUUUUUUUUCUCAGUCAUAGCUCGCCUUUGGCUACCGCAUUUGUUUGUGCUUAUCGAGCGAGGAAAAAUAAGAGUCUCUGUGGGAUCUGAUGUGCAUCUAGCGUUUAUAUUGUGUGUGUCCCUUUUGUUCUUUUCUGGUAGGAGAAGAAAUAUUCAUCAUUUGAAAAGAAAAAAAAAUAACUUGAGCCAAGAUCUCUUUCGACAAAGUCAGCUUUUCACUUUUUGGGUUUUUUGUUUCAGUUUUUGGUGUGUUUCUUUUCGUUUGUUUUCGCUGUGUCGUGCAUACCGUACACCAUUGGUAACAGUUGUCUAAUAAGUAAACAUGUUGCAAUUAUCUUAUCUAUCUUGCAGGGCAGAGAGAUGGAUGUAUCAACUCACUGUUAGUCAAUAUACUCUUUUUUUGCAGUA